AAGAAGAUGGAGCUGGACAGCACGAGAGCUCAGGCCACACGCAGCGCUCUCGUGCUCGCCCACGGCAGCUUGGCACUGCGUGCCUCCAAGGAACAGCUGCUCGCCCACCUGGAGGGAGACAUCGUGGGCAACAUCCUGAUGCUCUACAGCUGCAGCUGCCGGGACCUGCAGAACAACCUCGCACUGGUGCAGAGCAUCACCGACUUCAGCUCUGCCUUCCAAGCAGUCGUGGGUGAUUCUGCAUGCUUGAAUCCCUCCUUGAAGGGAAAGCUUCUGGAGAUCCUGAUGGACCUGCUGAAGAAAUACUACUCGGGCAUUCCUGUCUCCCCAGUGCCCCUCAAGGUGGUUCUGGCCCUGGAGCAGCUGAGGUAAGGUCUGAGGUUGCAAGG